CCUCGCCAAUCAAAUAUUCCCACAGAUGUAGCAGGACCACACCCCCAGAGGCUUGUGGGAGGAAAGGUGCUCCGGCCUACAGGAGUGAAGGCGGGUAGUCAGGUCGACCAGCCAGUGAAACUCACAAACAUAGCCUCCCCAGCCUCAGUUUCCUCAUCUCUAAAAUGGGCUACUCCUCCUGGCUCUAGACUAGUUCCCUCCCAUUUCACGCCAGACCACCAGGAAGUGAAAUCAGUGCUUAACCGCAGUUGAAAGUCCUCUGUUAGGCUCCAGUCGCCGCGCCGGGCAUGCUCAGUAGCUGGGACCGGCUGGGCUCCCAGAGUAGGAAGCAGCUUUCCGCGCCCGGGCGGCCGACUGUGGGCACUUUGAUGAAUCACGUGUGUGGAGGCCCUCUUAAAGAGAUAGGUACCUAAUUUCCCUCCACCCUAAACACCGCCCUGAGGGCGGCGGCGCCGGCGACCGUGGUAAUUGCAACUGCUUAGGGGCAGGGCUUGCCCCAGUGCCGUGUAGUGGCAACAGCGUGGUUGCGUCGGGGGGGUGCUCGGGCGCCGGGAGUCCCGGGGGCCUGAGAUCGGCAGCUCCCCGGGCGGACCCACUCUCCCUGUGGAAGAGGUGUUGCCGAAUCGGCGCGGGGCAGCGUGAGCGUCCCGAGGGGCUUCCUCAGUUGAGGAGAGGUGGGGUUCCAGGGCACAGGUGACGGGGCCGGAGAAAGAUGGAGCAGCCCGGGGCGGCGGCGGCGGGAGCGGGAGGCGGCAGCGAGGAACCCGGUGGGGGCCGGAGCAACAAGCGGAGCGCUGGGAACCGGGCCGCCAACGAAGAGGAAACGAAAAACAAACCCAAAUUGAACAUUCAAAUAAAAACUUUGGCAGAUGAUGUGCGUGACCGAAUUACAAGUUUUAGAAAAUCUACUGUCAAAAAAGAAAAACCUCUUAUUCAACAUCCUAUUGAUUCUCAAGUUGCGAUGAGUGAGUUUCCUGCAGCUCAGCCAUUAUAUGAUGAACGAUCUAUGAAUUUGUCAGAAAAGGAAGUACUGGAUCUCUUUGAAAAAAUGAUGGAGGAUAUGAACCUUAACGAAGAAAAAAAAGCUCCUUUACGAAACAAAGAUUUUACCACCAAGCGUGAGAUGGUUGUCCAGUAUAUUUCUGCCACUGCCAAAUCUGGUGGGCUGAAAAACAGCAAACAUGAAUGCACCCUGUCUUCACAAGAAUAUGUUCACGAAUUACGAUCUGGUAUUUCAGAUGAGAAACUUCUUAACUGCCUAGAAUCUCUGAGAGUUUCUUUAACCAGCAAUCCUGUCAGCUGGGUUAACAACUUUGGCCAUGAAGGUCUUGGACUCUUACUGGAUGUGCUGGAAAAACUUCUGGACAAAAAACAGCAAGAAAAUAUCGACAAGAAGAAUCAGUAUAAACUUAUUCAGUGCCUCAAAGCAUUUAUGAAUAAUAAGUUUGGAUUGCAAAGGAUUCUAGGAGAUGAAAGAAGCCUUUUACUAUUGGCAAGAGCAAUUGACCCCAAACAACCCAACAUGAUGACUGAAAUAGUAAAAAUACUUUCUGCUAUUUGCAUUGUUGGAGAAGAGAACAUUCUAGAUAAACUUUUAGGGGCUAUAACUACAGCAGCAGAAAGAAAUAAUAGGGAACGAUUUUCACCAAUUGUGGAAGGAUUAGAAAAUCAUGAAGCUUUGCAAUUACAGGUGGCCUGCAUGCAGUUUAUAAAUGCCCUUGUCACUUCUCCUUAUGAGCUUGAUUUCCGAAUACAUUUAAGGAAUGAAUUUCUCCGUUCAGGACUAAAAUCCAUGUUGCCAGAUCUAAAAGAAAAGGAGAAUGAUGAGCUUGAUAUUCAGUUGAAAGUAUUUGAUGAGAACAAAGAGGACGACCUAACUGAAUUAUCACACCGUCUCAAUGACAUUCGUGCAGAAAUGGAUGAUAUGAAUGAAGUGUACCAUCUUCUGUAUAAUAUGUUGAAGGACACUGCUGCUGAAAAUUAUUUAUUAUCCAUUCUACAACAUUUUUUACUCAUCAGAAAUGAUUAUUAUAUCAGGCCACAGUAUUAUAAAAUAAUUGAGGAAUGCGUUUCACAGAUAGUGCUACACUGCAGUGGUAUGGAUCCAGACUUCAAGUAUAGGCAAAGAUUAGAUGUUGAUUUCACUCAUCUGAUAGAUUCUUGUGUGAACAAGGCAAAAGUUGAAGAAAGUGAACAGAAAGCAGUGGAAUAUUCAAAGAAGUUUGAUGAAGAAUUCACAGCUCGACAGGAAGCUCAAGCUGAGCUUCAAAAAAGAGAAGAAAAAAUCAAAGAACUUGAAACAGAAAUCCAGCAACUUCGAACCCAGGGACAUGGACUCUCAGCUUCAGGAAAUCUAGGUCCUCCUCUUCCACCUCCAUUGCCAGGAGCUGGGCUAUCUCCACCACCACCUCCACCACCACCACCUCUACCUGGAGGAAUUGCUCCUCCUCCCCCACCUCCUUUACCUGGAAUGACUGGGAUAGCACCACCACCACCACCACCACUACCACCUUUGUUUGGGGGACCCCCUCUACCACCACCCCUUGGAGGAAUUCCUCCUCCCCCAGGAGCAUCAUUUGCUCUACCUUAUGGAAUGAAGCAGAAAAAAUUAUACAAACCUGAAGUGUCCAUGAAGAGAAUCAAUUGGUCAAAGAUUGAGGCCAGAGAAUUAUCUGAGAACUGUUUCUGGUUAAAAGUUAAAGAAGACAAGUUUGAGAAUCCAGAUCUCUUUGCAAAGUUGGCAUUGAAUUUUGCUACCCAGAGAAAAGUUCAGAAGAAUGCAGAAGCUUCAGAAGAAAAGAAGAUUCUGCCUACAAAGAAAAAAGUGAAAGAAUUGAGAGUUUUGGAUCCCAAAACAGCCCAGAAUCUGUCUAUUUUUCUGGGAUCAUAUCGCAUGCCAUAUGAAGAUAUAAAAAACAUUAUUCUGGAAGUUAAUGAAGAUAUGCUGAGUGAGGCCUUAAUUCAGAACCUUAUAAAACAUCUUCCUGAGCAGAAGGUACUCAGUGAAUUAGCACAGCUUAAAAAUGAAUAUGAUGACCUCUGUGAGCCUGAACAGUUUGGAGUUGUGAUCAGCUCAGUGAAAAUGUUACGGCCUCGUCUCAAUAGCAUUCUUUUCAAGCUCAUGUUUGAAGAACAUGUAAACAACAUCAAACCAAGCAUCAUAGCAGUAACUCUUGCCUGUGAAGAACUGAAGAAAAGUGAAAGUUUUAACAGACUUUUAGAGUUAGUUCUUUUGGUUGGAAACUACAUGAAUUCAGGCUCAAGAAAUGCCCAGUCAUUGGGUUUUAAGAUCAAUUUCCUUUGCAAGAUCAGAGACACUAAAUCUUCAGAUCAAAAAACAACGCUUUUGCAUUUUAUUGCUGAAAUUUGUGAGGAAAAAUAUCGAGAUAUCCUGAAAUUUCCUGAAGAACUCGAUCAUGUAGAAAGUGCAAGCAAAGUUUCAGCUCAAAUUCUCAAGAGCAACCUUGCAGCAAUGGAACAACAAAUUGUUAAUUUGGAACGUGACAUCAAGAAAUUCCCCCAAGCAGAAAAUCAACAUGAUAAGUUUGUGGAAAAAAUGACAAGCUUCACAAAGAAUGCCAGAGACCAAUAUGAAAAACUGUUGACCAUGCACAACAACAUGAUAAAGCUCUAUGAGAAUCUUGGAGAAUACUUCAUUUUUGACUCUAAGACAGUGAGCAUAGAAGAGUUUUUUGGUGAUCUCAGCAACUUCCGAACUCUAUUUUUGGAAGCAGUGAAAGAAAACAAUAAGAGAAGAGAAAUGGAAGAGAAGACCAGAAGGGCAAAGCUUGCAAAAGAGAAAGCUGAACAAGAGAAGUUGGAACGCCAGAAGAAAAAGAAACAACUCAUUGAUAUAAAUAAAGAGGGUGAUGAGACUGGUGUGAUGGAUAAUCUUCUAGAAGCCCUACAAUCAGGUGCAGCAUUCCGAGACCGCAGAAAGCGAAUUCCAAGGAAUCCAGAUAACCGACGAGUACCUUUGGAAAGGUCACGCUCUCGCCACAAUGGAGCUAUCUCAUCUAAGUGAUGCCUGAUGCCAAAGCAUAUGAAAAUAUUUAAGUAAACAAAAUCAUACAUUUUGAGAAGAACAAAACAUGCAUCAAGGGAUGGAGAGAAAAUAAGUGCAUUCCUGCGAAGAUCAAGCUAAGCUGGGAAGUAGUGUGCAUUUAUAAAACUAUUACAAGACUCCUCCCAUAAUACUAAUCUGGAAAGAGUUUUCAAGAUUAUAAAUCCUGUGUUCCAUGUUCGUGUAAAGAUGUGUAUUAUUUGUUAUUGUGUGUGACCUGACUGUGAUGAUGAAAGUGUAAGAAAUUGAAGAGUUAGAGCUUUUAAAAACAUUCAGUCUGUCCAAAAUUUAAAAUCUUAUGUUUAUAGGUCACCCAACCAAAAACAUAAAAAUAAAAAAAGAAAGAGAAGAAAAAGAAUAGAAAGAAAGAGUCAUCUAAUGUCUGCUUCUAAUCACUAUUAUGUACAAAAGAAAAAGGUCAAGAAAAAAUGUGCAUCUUAAUGAUUCUAAUAUUGUGCACACUGUGGGAGGAGCCAUUUUGGAAAUUCACAAAAGUACUGCUCCGCCCCAGUCCAGUUAUUUAGAAUCUUAUCUCAAGUGAAAGCUGAUGGAUUCAUCUGCUUUGGCUGAAAUUAAACUUAUCAUUACUCUAGCGUUUCAGCAUGAUAUUGCAGGUACUCAUCAUUGCUAAAAAUAAACCAAAGUUUAAUAGAAUCGGUUAGGGAAAGUGAUUUAAACUUUAUUUAAAGAGGUAUUUUCUAAUUAUGCACAGAUAUCUACUUUAUACAAAAUACUUUAUAUGGCUAUUUUUGAGAAAAACCUCACAUUUUAAUGUUUAUGCUAGGGAUGAAUCUGAAAAUUCUAUUACUUUUAUGUAGAUUUUUAGAGGCAAAUAUUGAUUCCUGUUCUCUGUGGUUUAUUUCUUCUAUCGCUUCUUUCUCAACCCCCUUGAAGGCAGGGAAUAGAGUUCUAGAAGACCUGAGAGUAAAAAGAUUUCUUUCUGCAGGAGGCAACAGAAAACUGUCUGAAAGGUCAAUUGUUUUAUCUCCCUUUCCACUCUUCUUUCUAAUUCUGCUUUGGUGGUCUGAAGAAGAAAAACAUUCUAUGUACGUAUGUGUAAAUAUGUGUAUAUAUUUAUAUCUCCUGCUACAAUAAUUCCACAUCCCAGUAACGAAGUGAACUUCUCAAUCAUCAUCAUACUUACUUACCUUAUAUUAGCAAAUUAAAAUGAUGCUGCCAAAACAACUCUAGGAGGAAAAACAGGCUCUACAUUUUUCUUAAAUAGAUGAGACAGUAAAAAUUAUACUUAACAUGUCUAUUAUUUUAAAAUAUGCAUUGAAAUAAUGUGGUAUAACUUCUCUGGAGUGCAAUUUUAAGACUAAUUCAUGCAGAUGAUUGUGAUUAUUGUGAAAGAUUUCUUAUAUAUAUUUGUUAUGUAGAACAUCCUAUUUCUACUCCUCCAAAGCACAUCAUAGACAUUCAGAGAGAAGAGCAAACGACUGGCAUGGUAAUAUGACAUGAUAAUAUCUUAGAUGGCAAGUUCCCAUCUAAGAUAAUAUAAACAAGUGACCAGUAGCUCACAGAUUUUUUUAUAUAGAUGUAUGAUGAUUCAAACUGCUGCCUUGUCCUCCAUUGCAUUCUUACUUGGGUAUUAUAUUUAAAAAAGCUCUGAAGCUGCUAUGAUAGAGAAAUCAAAAAGAGUAACAGUAUCUGAGAUUUUACAAUUCUGUCCUUUCUGAACACACAUACACACGCGCAUGCGCACACACACACACAUACACACACACAUACACAGACAUCUAUAGGAUGUAUCAGUUUCACACUGUUUUUUAAUAACAACAAAAGUUUGGGUUCUACUAAUUUAUGUAAAUACCUAAUAUGUGUAUUUUUGACUUGGCAAAGACUUUUUUGAAAUCUUCAUUGUAUGGCUUCUUUUGAGUCUUUUGAUAGCUUUUCAGGCUGUAGGAAAAUGAUUUGGAAAUGUUAACCCUGACUAAAAUCUGAGGGUAUUUGCCAUGCCAUAUUAUCAAGCUGGUCAAGGUAGAAAUACUGAUGUGUAUCACUUUUUCCAUAUGUGAACUUGCCUUAUUUUCGAGUUUGUGAACAAGAAUGAAGAACUAUUAUCGAGAAAUGAUAUACUUGUAUUUAGAACAAUUCCACAUACUUUUCUCAAACAUUAAAAAACCUUUCAGGGUCUUUUAUGAAGGUCCAGUAAUUAAGUUCAAGGGUUCGCUUCCCAGAUUUAUAAUGAUCCUGCUCUAUCCAUUUGUGGUUUUGUUUUCCAUUGAAAAGUAAUCACCCCCAAAAAGUACAUAAUGACAUUUUUGGUGCAGAACCAAAUGAUGCUAAAGUCUUUUGUUAGGCUUAUUACUGCCACAUGUGAGAAGCACCAUUUAUGCAGGUUUUCUUCAGAAUGUUUUUAAAAAGUACAAAACCCUGAAAAUGUUAACUAGUUGUAGUAGUUUCCUUUGGCUGCUGUAACAAAUUACUACCAAUGUGAUCACUUAACACAACAGAAAUUUAUCCUCUCAUGGCUCUGGAGGCCAGAGGCUCAAAGUCAAGGUGUUGGUAGGGCCAUACUCCCUCCAGAGGCUCUAGAAGAGAAUCUUUCCUUGCCACUUCCAGCUUCUGGUGGUUUUUGGCAUUCCUUAGCUUAUUGUCACAUCUUUCUCUCUGCUCCAUCUUUACAUCACCUUCUCCUCUGAGUACCUGAUCCCCUUAGACCUCUCUCUUUGAAGGAUGCUUAUGAUCAUAUUUGGGGAUCACCCAGAUUAAUCCAGGUUAAUCUCCUCAUCUCAAUAUCCUUGACUUAAUUACAUGUGCAAGACCCUUUUUCCAAAUAAGAUAACAUUCACAGGUUCUGAGGAUAUGGAUAUAUCUUUUGAGGGAAGGGGCACCAUUCAGCCCACUCUACUACUCAUUGCACAUACGUUAGAAUGUGGACAUGUCUUUUUAGAAGCCACCUUCAGCCUACCACAGUCUGUCCUCUGGCCCCAAAUUUUUGUCUGUCUCAUGUGUAAAAUACAUUCAACCCGUCCUAACAUUCCCUAAACCUCAAUGUAUUAUAGCAUCAACUCUUGAGUCCAAAAUCUCAUUCAAAUAUCAUCAUUUCAGAAGUCCCAAGUCUCAUUAUUUAGAUCAUCUUAAUCAGGUAUGAGUGCAACUCUGGGUAUGAUCCAUCCUGGGGCAAAAUUCCUCUCUAUCUGUGAACCAUUGAAACAGAAAAGAAGUUAGGUACUUCCAAAGUACUAUGGUAGGGCAGACAUAGGGUAACAAUUACAGGUAUUCCUAUUUCAAAAA